AUGGAAGAUGUAGUCACCACCGCCCGAGGCGGAAGGGCCCGCAGCGCCUGCGAUCUCUGCCGGUAUAGAAAGAUUCGCUGUGAUGGGGAAAAGCCCGCAUGUGAAAACUGCCGUUUUUCUGGCGUGACCUGCACCUUUACAUUCACUGGGCAGCCGCGGAAGACCAUCAGAGAGCAACUGUUCGAGGCGAAGGCGCGGCUGCGCGAGUUGGAAGGCAUUGUUGCAGCCCGGGAUCCUCAGGCAGUGAACCAAACUGCACGUGACGGUUCGUCGUCGUCUCCGAGUCCGUCUCUCGGCGUCUGUUCGGCGUCUCCUCAUCCGCACGACUCGUCGGAUUUUGACACGGCCAUGGAGGUCUUUCGGCAGCACCUCGAGUACUGCUGGCCAGGGGUGGCACAUUCUCCUCAGAGAGCGUCCUUCUACUCCACCGUGUACCGACAGACCGGUUCCAUCUUUGACCUGCAAGGCUUCCUCGCCGGGGUCACUCAAUCCUACAAGUCACAGCACCCGGCCACCCGGCCUAAAGCCAUCCUCCCCAAGUGGCCGACCUACCAGCUCGCCCAGCAGUGCCUCGACUUCUAUUCCGCAGAGGGCCUGUACUCCAUCUUCCCAUGCAUCGAUAUUACCGCGGCCCAGGGCGUCCUGAAGGAGCUUGUCGCGGAACGCCCCAACGCCGACACCCAAGCUCGCACUGCCGAGAAGGCUUGUCUCUUUGCCUUUACCGCAUUCAUCGCGAAGCUCCAUCCUCAUCUGCCCAUGUUUGCCGAUGCUGAUCCAGAUGCCUAUGUGCAUGCGGUUCUCACCCUUGUGCCCAGGCUAAUACUCGAGCCUGCCGACGUGCGCACCCUCGAAGCACUGCUCAUCCUGGCACUGUACAUUGCCCCAACGGGCCAACCCAAAUCCGCCCAGCUGCUACUUUCCAUGGCCGUGCGAAUCCUGUACAACCUCGGAGGGCAUCGAAAAUGCCCCCUGAUCGAGAACCAACGGGCCCACAGCCAUCUCCGCGCCAUGUUCUGGCUCUGCUACACGAUGGAUAAAGAGAUGUCCAUCCGCACAUGCUCGCCCCCUCUGAUCCACGACGUCGACUGCGACAUGGAAUUUCCCCCGGGCCACGGCGAACCCCCCGACUCUCCGGCCCUGCAGAACCUACCGUCCCCUCCGAUCAUUCUGCCCUCUGAUGGUCGUCUCGCCAUGUUCAAGGCCAAAGUCUACUUUCUGCUCUACUCCAACCACCCCCAAUCUUUCCUUGAAGCCCGUCGCCUCGAACACAUCCGCCAACUCGACCAGGAGCUGAGCGAGCUGAAAUCCGGCUUCCCUCUCGCCUUCCCCUCCGAUGCACCGGACUCGAACUCUCCAGAACCCAACUUCCCCGAAUUCAACGUCCGCGGCGUUAGCAUCUACUUGGAGUACUAUUACUGUCUGAGAAAACUUCACGAAGCAAGCAUCACCUCCAGCAUGUCUCUUCCCUGGUACCAGAAUCCGCUCCCGUCGAGUCUGGAACUAUACUACCAAGCCUCGCGAUCCACCCUGCUGUAUUACCUCCGAGCUAAAGGGCUACUCGACACCUUUAGUUUCUGGAUACACGCCCAAUUCAUCCUCUCCGCCAUCCUCUCCCUCUUCUGGUAUCUCAUCCAGGUUCCCACCGCAUCGACUUUCAUGAGCGAUCUCCGCAUCCUGGAAGACACUAAGGAGAUGUUCUCGUCCAUUAACCGGAAUUCGUCCGAUACGAAAUACUUCCCGCCUGUGUAUAUCAUCGAGGCCUUCCUGGAUCUGUUGAUCUCGCUGGCCCGUCAGGCGUUGUCCAAAGCUACCGGUGCUUCGUGA